AUGGCUUUACUCUCAUAUCAUGCUCCGGUUGAUUAUGCCGCCCAAUUGGAUGCCUUCAAGGAUUUCUUGAAGCAUUUCAAGACCCUGCAGUCCACCUCCGAGGCUGCUGCGACCGAAGCCUUGGAAGAUUUGAACAUCGACGGCAACCGCACCAGCGAUGAGUACGAUUUUAUGGACGAUGCGGAAGAGGAUGGAGCUGCAACUCGUGGAGCCAGGAGGCGCCGGGAGCCCAAGCUCAAGUACAUGCAGAUUCUGCAAGACGUUGCUAAUCGCGAUGUUCAACAUAUUUUGAUUGAGCUGGACGAUGUCGAAGUUUUCGAGAGAUCGCUCCCCGACGACCAGCAAGGCAUGAAGCUAGUUGAGUCCAUCGAAAAGAACACUAAACGCUAUAUCGAUAUUGUUUCACAGGCCGUGGAUGGAGUUCUUCCUAAGGAGACCAAGGAUGUCACUUUCAAGGACGAUGUGUUGGAUGUUAUCAUGUCCCAGCGUGAAAAGCGCAACGAAACGAUGGAGAUGGCCGCGGAAGCUGACAUGGACGCUGCCGCUGCUGCAAGCAUGUUCCCCCCUGAACUCACCCGCCGAUACACCCUCAACUUCAAACCCCUCACUGCCUCCGGAUCCAGCACCGAUCGAGGCAAGGCCCUCGCUGUCCGAAAUGUCCGGGGCGAACACCUGGGUAGCUUGAUUACCGUGCGCGGUAUUACAACCCGUGUGUCGGAUGUGAAGCCAGCCGUUCAGAUCAAUGCCUACACUUGCGACCGAUGCGGAUGUGAAGUUUUCCAGCCUAUCACAACCAAGCAGUUCCUUCCCAUGUCCGAGUGUGUGUCGGAAGACUGCAAGAAGAACAACUCCAAGGGCCAGCUUUUCCUCUCGACCCGCGCCUCUAAGUUUGUGCCUUUCCAGGAGGUCAAGAUCCAGGAAAUGGCAGACCAGGUUCCCGUUGGCCACAUUCCUCGUACUUUGACAAUUCACUGCCAUGGAGCUCUCACCCGUUCUUUGAACCCCGGCGAUGUCGUUGACAUUGCUGGUAUCUUCCUGCCUACCCCCUACACUGGUUUCCGGGCAAUUCGCGCUGGUCUCCUGACCGAUACCUACUUGGAGGCUCAGCACAUCACCCAGCACAAGAAGUCCUACCAGGACAUGGGUAUGGACUCUCGAACAUUGCGCAAAAUCGAGCAGUACCAGAACUCAGGUAACAUGUACGAGUACCUAUCCCGCUCCAUUGCACCUGAGAUCUACGGCCAUCUCGAUGUGAAAAAGGCACUUCUUCUGCUCUUGAUUGGUGGUGUUACUAAGGAGAUGGGUGAUGGUAUGCACAUUCGUGGUGAUAUCAACAUCUGCUUGAUGGGUGACCCUGGUGUUGCUAAAUCUCAGUUGCUUCGAUAUAUUACAAAGGUUGCCCCUCGUGGUGUGUACACUACUGGUCGUGGUAGCAGUGGUGUCGGUCUCACAGCUGCUGUCAUGCGUGACCCCGUCACUGAUGAGAUGAUGCUGGAAGGAGGUGCUUUGGUUCUCGCUGACAACGGUAUCUGCUGUAUCGAUGAGUUCGACAAGAUGGAAGACUCUGACCGUACUGCUAUUCACGAAGUUAUGGAACAACAAACCAUUUCCAUCUCCAAGGCUGGAAUCAGCACCACUCUCAACGCCCGCACUUCCAUUCUGGCUGCUGCUAACCCUCUAUACGGCCGUUACAACCCUCGUAUCUCCCCCGUUGAGAAUAUCAACCUUCCUGCUGCUUUGCUUUCCCGUUUCGAUGUUAUGUUCUUGCUCUUGGAUACUCCUUCCCGCGAAUCCGAUGAGGAACUGGCCGCCCACGUCACUUAUGUCCACAUGCACAACAAGCACCCAGAGAACGAAGAUUCCGGAGUUAUGUUCACACCUCAUGAGGUCCGCCAGUACAUUGCCAAGGCCCGCUCCUACCGCCCUGUUGUGCCUUCCAACGUCUCUGACUACAUGGUCGGUGCUUACGUUUCCAUGCGUAAGAGACAAAAGAAGGAUGAGGCCAAGAGACAACAAUUUUCGCAUGUCACUCCUCGUACCCUUCUGGGUAUUGUUCGUCUCUCACAGGCCUUGGCCCGUCUCCGUUUCAGCGAGGAGGUCGUCCGUGAAGAUGUUGAUGAGGCACUUCGUCUCAUUGAGAUCAGUAAGGCAUCUCUUCACAACGACGGUGACUCUGGAGCCGACCACACCCCUACUAGCAAGAUUUACACUCUUAUCCGUAACCUUUGGGAGAGUGGUGCUGCUGUUGUCGAUGAUGACGAGCAGAAUGCUAUGAGCAUCAGACGCAUUCGCGAGCGAGUGUUGGCCAAGGGAUUUACAGACGACCAGCUCACGACUGCCCUCCACGAGUACGUGGAGAUGAAUGUAUGGCAACUCUCCGACAAUGGCGCUCGUCUGAUUUUCGUCAACGCUGACGACGAAAUGAUGGGUUGA